CACCAACUCUACAGACAAAUUUUCCCUCACCAGAAUCACUCCGGUAGAGACACAGAGAACAGACUUCUUGUACUCCCACAAUGAGUGAGCCGGAGGUCACUUACUCAACUGUGAGACUUCAUAAGUCUUCAAGGUUGCAGAAACUUGUAAGGCAUGAGGAGACUCAAGGGCCCAGAGAAGCUGGCUACAGAAAGUGUUCAGUAUGCUGGCAGCUCAUUGUGAAAGCUCUUGGAAUCCUCUGUUUCCUUCUUCUUAUAACAGUUGCAGUGUUGGCAGUAAAGAUUUUUCAGUAUGGUCAACACAACCAAGAAAUCCAUGAAACUCUAAACUACCACCAUAACUGCAGCAACAUGCAAAGUGAUUUCAACUUAAAGGAAGAAAUGUUGACAAAUAGGUCUAUAGACUCUAGGCCAGGCAAUGAACUUCUGGAAUCCCUCAACAGAGAACAGAACAGAGGGUACAGUGAAACUAAGACAGAUUUAGAUUCCUCACAGGACACAGGGACAGGUGUUAAAUACUGGUUCUGCUACCGUACUAAAUGUUAUUAUUUCAUCAUGAACAAAAAUACAUGGAGUGGAUGUAAACAGAACUGCCAGCAUUACAGCUUACCCCUUGUGAAGAUAGACGAUGAAAAUGAACUGAAAUUCCUUCAAUUCCAGGUUAUUCCAGACAGUUACUGGAUUGGAUUGUCAUAUGAUAAGGAAAAAAAGGAGUGGGCAUGGAUUGACAAUGGCCAAUCUAAACUUGACAUGAAAAUAAGGAAAAUGAACUUUAAGCCUGGAGGAUGUGUAUUUUUAUCUAAAAGAAGACUAGAAGAUACUAACUGUAAAAAUUCCCACUACUGUAUUUGUGGGAAGAAACUGGAUAAAUUUCCUCAUUAACUUUCCACCAAAGUUAAAGAACAUAGACUGCUGUGAAUAGAGACAAAGCUGCAAGAGCAUUGGGACUGUUCUCUGGUAUCUAACUUGCAGAACAGAGGCCAUCUUCCUUCCUGUUGGAGACAGGACACAUCUACUCUGGUGAAGGGGACCCUUUGCCCUAAAGCCUUCAGAAUUGUGUUCUUUCUGAUUUUUUAAACUCCUAUAAAACUAAAUAAAGAACCCUCCCCUCCCCCCAAAA